GAGAGGGAGAGAGAGAGAGACGAAGACCCUAACCAGCAUCUGCAGCUGAGAGCUCAGAGCUCAUCCGAGGCGCUUGGACACAGGAGCUCCAUCUCCUACAUCCAUCCCUCCGUCUGUCCAUCAAUCCAUCCCUCCGUCUGUCCAUCAAUCCAUCCUUUCUUCCACUCUCACCACACGGGAGGAGAGGAGAAAAGAGAGGAGAGGGCAGCUGGACUUUUAGACCUCCUUCAACAACAAACUCAUGAGCUUCCUGCGUGGGUGUCAUAACUGACCGCCCCACUGCACCCCACCUGACCCCACCUCUUGGCGGGGGUCACAAACCUCGAGGACAGAAGAGUGCAACUCGAUACUGUGAAAGCGGGGCUAAAACUGGAAUGAACCACACGAGCGGGUUACUUGGAGUGUUGUGACCGCGCUUGCUUGUGGACCUCGGAGGCUGAGGUCAUCGUCCAGGUGUUGCUGCUGCGCUGACCGACUACUCCUUGUGCAGGCUGGAGGGAGGAACUAUGACUCUGGGAGCGCAGCCGAACGGCUGGGGGAGAGAGCUCACCGGCCGGAGGGGCAUCCAGGCUCCAGGGUGCGUGCGGAGAAUAGCCGCGGUUACAGACACGGAGAUCACCUUUACCAGACUUCAAGGAUAAUCUGCUAUUUCAUAAGGAUGGAGCUCAAAGAAGAUUCUUUAGUUUACUCAUAACCUAAGAUGACACAUUUUCAGUAGAACCAUGAAUAUGGAUGACUUGCAAAACUCCACCCUGUAUGGAAACACGUCAGAGGCCCAGACUGUUCCACCCAGCCUAUGGGAGGUCAUCACCAUCGCAACUGUAUCAGCAGUUGUGAGCCUCAUAACUGUUGUGGGCAACAUUCUAGUGCUGCUCUCCUUUAAGGUUAACAGCCAGCUGAAGACUGUGAACAAUUAUUAUCUACUGAGUUUAGCCUUUGCAGACCUAAUCAUUGGAGUAUUCUCAAUGAACCUGUACACUUCAUAUAUAUUAAUGGGUAGCUGGUACUUGGGGAAUUUAGCUUGUGACCUCUGGUUAGCUCUGGACUAUGUGGCCAGCAAUGCAUCCGUAAUGAAUCUGCUGGUCAUCAGCUUUGACAGGUACUUCUCCAUCACAAGGCCACUGACAUACAGGGCAAAGAGGACCCCAAAACGUGCUGGCAUCAUGAUCGGCAUGGCAUGGCUGGUGUCAUUCAUCUUGUGGGCUCCUCCAAUUCUUUGCUGGCAAUACUUUGUGGGCAACCGGACAGUUCCGCCAAACCAGUGCCACAUCCAGUUCUUCUCUGAACCGGUGAUCACCUUUGGCACAGCUAUAGCCGCUUUCUACAUCCCAGUGUCGGUGAUGACAAUUCUCUACUGCAGAAUAUACAAGGAGACAGAGAAACGCACCAAGGACCUGGCAGAGCUUCAAGGCCUAACGUCCACACGCAACCCUGACAUCUCCAGGCCCCCACGGACCAUGAUAAAAUCCUGCUUUGGCUUUGAUAACGACAGAGAAAGGACCCAGGCGUCAUGGUCCUCGUCGAACCAGAGCAACAUCACAAUGACCACGGUGUGCGCCUCCAGGGACACCUGGGCCAAGAACGAGCAGGUCACGUCCUUCAACAGCUACACGUCGUCCGAGGACGAGGAGAGGCCAGUCUCUGCGACGGCCUCGCAGGAGUCCUGCAAGAGCCAGGCACUGCCAGGGGUGAGUGAGAACGGGCAGCUGGCGGGAUACAGCGACGACUGUUACUUCAGCCUGUCCCCGAGACGUAGCUCCCAGAAAGGCAGCAAGAAGGUCAUCUCCUACAAGUUCAAGCCGCUCCCUAAGGAAGCGGGCCCUCAGCCAAGCAAGGUGGCCGACAACCAGACGCCCUUGCUCCCGUGCCCUUCCCAAAACCAGCUGCCACUCACCUCUUCCCCCUCUGCCACUGCCACCAAACCCAUGGACCCCAAUCUGAAGAGCCAGAUCACCAAAAGAAAGAGAAUGGUCCUCAUCAAGGAGAAGAAGGCAGCCCAGACCCUCAGUGCCAUCCUCUUGGCCUUCAUCCUCACCUGGACCCCGUAUAACAUUAUGGUCCUCAUCUCCACCUUCUGCUCUGAUUGCAUCCCUGUCUCCCUCUGGCACUUGGGGUACUGGCUCUGCUACGUCAACAGCACCAUCAACCCCAUGUGCUACGCCCUGUGCAACAAGACCUUUCAGAAGACGUUCAAAAUGCUGCUCUUGUGCAAAUGGAGGAAGAACAGAGGGAAGGAGAAAUUGUACUGGUGUGGGCAAAACCCUGUCAUGAACAGUAAGCUGACUUGAAAAUGAGGCAUAAUGGGUGUUGAACUGGGGAGUGUACCUAUGUAUUUUGAUCCUGCAGUGUGUCAAUUACUCAUCCUCAGUCAAAUUAACCUCACAAAGGUAAAGAGCAUUGUCUGGUUACAGUGACAUUUCCAAAGUUUUCUGAGAGAUUAUACGCUUGUAAUUACACCAUCUUGAGUUGUAUCCAUUUGUAGCACAAAACUGAAUAUAGUUGAUGUUUCGAAGUCUUACAUAAUGCCUGUACAUAUAGUGUGGUACUUACUAUUAUACAUGAUUUAUAUGGGUAUUUUCAUGAAGAUAGAAGUUCAGGUUUUUCAUUCAUGUUGUUCAUUUGAAAAAUUGUUUGUUGGAUUAUCUUGUAUUUUAAGGGCUAUCUGACAUGUUUACACUAUAAUGAACUGUUCCAUAUCUGAGCAUUCUAAAAUCUUGGAAUUAUAAGAUUGUGUCUGACCUUUUCGACACAAAUGAAUUUAUAUUAUCAAUAUAUUAUUUGUAUGGCACUGAAUGUAAGACAUAUUAUUCCAAAUAUUGUUAAGAUGUCAGAUUUAAAUGAUUGUGAGCAUUAAGGCAGGUGAAAACAUCACGGGGCAAUACUUCAAAAUCACAAACCACUCAAAUGUAACAAUAUAAUUCCAAGUUAUUGAAAAGUGUAACAAGUGCAUCAGAAUGUUUGUAUCAGUUGGCAGUUCAUCAACACAUUAUUGCUCUUGUAUUUCUCCUACAAGUGUAGCUGUCUGGCAUGGAAGAUUUAAAUGUGCUCAUGUGUUUUAUCCAAUUUUGUUCAGAACUUCAUAUUGAUCACCUUACUAAGACCACAGACAUACUUCCAGAAGACUCCACUGAUAUGUGUAUUUAAUACCACGUUUUACUGAACAUGGGCUUUAAAUUAAGGGCUCAAGCCUUACAGCCAAUGCAUUUUGAGUUUCUGUAUAAGUAGGUUGAAAAAUCGAAUAAACAAGUUAUUCUGUGCGUUGUUAAAAUUCAAACCCUGCUGCACUGUAUUGUGUAAAUAUAUGUAGUACUAGUUAAGUGUCAACAUGAGCAGUGAAAUAUAUACUUAUGACAAAAAAAACAAAAAACAUUUGCAUUUCAUUUUUAAUCUCCCUUACACACAGGGUGCAUCCACAAUAUUGGAAAUAAGAAGUCUAACUAAGGCUCACUAAUCAUUCCAUAUUUUAACUGUUUUUAACUGA